GAUGUCGAUGCGCCGCCGGUGGUCGGUUUCGGGGGUUGACUCGCGCCGCGGGGGCGAUGAGAGCACUUCCCUCCGCCCUGAGACUGACCUGCUGCCGUUCCUGGCUACUCCUGCUUAUUUACCUGGUCUUCCUGGUAUCCGGCUGCAGCUGCGACACGCGACCGGAUCGACUGACCCAUCAACUACUGCCAGGUGAUGACGUGCACGGUUCCAGUUACAUCAACGACGAAGACGAUCUCUAUGACGACGAGGAGGACUACCUCGAGGAGAACGUCACUGCGGCAAAGGGACAGUACCUGGGCUCGCCGUGCGAUGUCUCGUGCAAUCCGGAACUGCAGCAUGUGUUCUGCGACACGGUCACUGGCCACUGCGAGUGCGAAAAAUUCUAUCCAGUUCGUCUUGGGCCUAGCAAAGGAUGUGCCAAACCUAAAAAACUCGGAGAGCAAUGCUUCUAUCGCGCGACUUGCACUUUUGCGGAUCAGCACUCGACCUGCACCCAGGUGCAGCACAAUGCAGUGUGCGACUGCGAAGAGGGUUAUCACAGAGUCGCCUUGUCCAGGCCUAACAAAAAGGUGUUCUGCGCCGAAGAUCUGGUGCUGAUAACUACGGAUAUCCCAACCUUACUCUGCAUAGCGUCCGGAAUAGCAAUAUUCACGGCAAUGAUAUGUUUCGUGCUCAAAUUAUUCAGUCGUGCAAGAUACUCAAGGCCACGGCAUUAUGCCAACGCCAAUCACGCGCCGCCCAUGCUGUUCUCCAGCGACACAGGUAUCCCACUGACGCUCCACGGAGGCCGACCAUCCUCGCGUUCCAGUCAAAGAAGCAGCACCGGAGGACCGUUGACGUACGCGUUCACCAGGAGGCCAAGCAGCGGUGGUAGCCGUGGUCCUCUGGUACCAGCGUCGAGAGCAGGUGCGGCACGUGCCGCCGCCAUCUUGCUUAUAUCGUGUCACCUGCAGGCGACCAAAGGCGGGAACAAGCAUCGACGUACCCUUAGCGACGUUGCUGAGGGAUCGUCCGACGGCCUCGGUUCUCGUCGUCCUAGCUUAACUUCGGUUCACAGUUCGACAUCCUCGGCUCGUAGUUACAGCGCGAGAAGACUCGAAAAGGAGAGAAACGAGAAGGAACAACGGCAAGCUCUUCAGGAACUCAGGCUGGCUAAACAACGGGAGCAACAACAGCAACAGCAACAACAAGUCGCGCCUACGCCUAGUCCUAGGACACCUCAUUCCACCGAUGAAUUGUUGCCCUCUGUAGAGGAAGGGAAGGAAGUGUUUUAUAACGAGCAGGUGCCCACAACGUCGGACACGACCGAGGAAACGACGGCAAAGACGACAGCGAUCACGGCGACGAAUGUGAACAGAUUCGGUGAAAAAUCCCCGGUUACAACCUCGACAACGUCCAUCUUCGAAACGAACAUCGCACCGCGCGCAACCGGUGACAUUUUUCAAGUGUAGUUAAGAUGAAAACGAUCCACGAGACUCGAAUCGAAGUGAAACGAAAUAUCGCCAACAGAGAACACGGUACACGUAUAAAGCACGUAACAGCACGGUUUAAUUGAUGUUUAAAUGGGUAAAAAAAAAAAAAAGAGGGAGAGAACGUCGCUCGCCUAAAAAACAUUGAAAGACGUGCAAGAUUAUACACGAAUGCUCUGUCACAUAAGGGUGCUUAGAUAAAACGGGUAUGGAUUAACGACGAGACGAAUUGUUGACGCUGAUGUUUGCUUGUGCCACGCGCGAUGGCCUAGAAUUUAUUCUAAAAGAUAUGUUUUUAUUACCUAGCUAUGGAUGGUUCUCGCAUAUUGGAGCCAGCUUUCAGCAAACAAGAAAAUUUUCAGUCGAACGAGCAACGUUUGGCUUUGAAAAUAAUACGUAACGUUCAGGAGUACACCUGUCACCCUCGCGUAGGUGUACGAUGUUGUACCUGAAUAAGGUUGACGCUUGCUGUAUCAUUUAAGGGUUAAGAGGGAAUUCGCGGGAAUUCUGGUCCAGCAGCGAAAGAUUCCUUGUCUGUUAAAGUCGCAAACGCUCGAAUAAUGAUUAUUACGUAUCAAAUGCGAGUUUCAACUCAUUGUAUAACAAAGAUGUUUCGCUCGAAGAAUAAAUUUUAAUUCGUUUCGCGGGUCGAGCCACUUUGCGGACAAGGAAAAGAAUGAUUUUUUACGGCUUAAAUUUUUUAAGCAUUUAACAGUCAUUGGUUCGACAGUGUAGAGUUUUUUAUAACGAUUCGAACGAACAGAUAGAGAAUAGACAGAGAACAGUUUACAGUACGAUGUUCGGUAUAAGGGAUCUUACUUUUACGAUUUAAUUAUUACAUAUCAAUGAAAUAUCAACCCUUUCUUUCUUAUAUCAACGAUCAUUUUACGAAGAAACAGUAGACUCUAAACGUGUGCACUAUUCAACUCUACGAUUCCUUAUUUCAUCUUAACUUUUUAACGAUCAACAGGUUUCUACUGGUACAAAGGCAUUUGAUCACAUAUCAAUCAAGGAAGAAAAUAAUUCAAAAUCUUGAACGAAUAUGAAGAGAAAAAUCGAGAAUUCAAUGUGAAAAAUACAAUCACUCAACACUUUGAUUGUCGAAAAUUUCAUAGCAUACCCUUUGGAAUUUUAUGACAAAUUUUACCGAUUCGAUUGAUAAUUGUUACACUUCAUAGAAAUGAACUUACGAUAAGCUAUCAAUGUGUCAGAUACAGUAGUAAAAUCAAUCUGAACAUUGUUGAGACUUGUUUGAAAAUGAUAAUAGAUAAAUCGAUCAACUUACAAGUUUGUUUUGCGUGAAGAUACAAGUUUCGUUUGCUCGAACGGAAUUUUCUGCGAUAGAAAAAGCAAUUGGCAGGGCAUUCUCGAGUGGGUCGAGGCUAAAUAUACCUUUAAUCUUAGAUAAAUUAUUGAAAGAAUAAAAAGAAAAAGAGAAAAUCAGAGAAACGGUGAAAAAUAUAAAGCUGGUGCUUGGAUGUGUCGCGACGAAACGAAUCGUCGGGCACCAGGAUCGCAAAAAUCGUGCAAGAAAUAUUAAUAACUGUGCUGCGAUUAUUGCGAACUCAUUAUCUCGCUUACCUGCGUCGAGCACAACCGAUUGUCAUCCCUUUUCCGUCGCUUUUCACGGUUCACAACCAAAUCAAUCCAGCCGGAACACAGUCGCGAAACCAAAUGGAUAUUCGUUUCUUUCAAAGAAUUAUUUAUUAAUCGUUCGAGGUUCAUUAACUAAAUUACCCGAUUAAUUAUUUUUCGUUUCAUUAGGGAUUCUAUGCCACGCAAUCACGAAAUGUCGCGAAUCAACCUUCAAAUCAAUCUCUUACCCUCAAUUACAACGAGUACAUCCGAGUACAUUGAUAAAUACAGUAGCACCUCGAUGGCCUGGAAUAUGCUUUUUCCUUUUUUUAUUUUUUUCAUUAACGCGAAUCGACGUCGUUCAAUACGGUUUUCUUUUCCCUUCCGAGUCGCUCGGCUCGCCAAAUGUAAAUUGUAGUGAUAAAAAGAAAAAAAAAAAACAAGAAAUCGUUAAAAGCAAAUUAUAUAUAUUCUAUAUAUACAUAUUCUAAUAUAUACGUGUAUAUACGUAAGAAGCGAUCAUGCACGAGGGGCUGUGUUGCGUUUCACGCCGAAGGAACAAAACGUGUAUCGACGUCUCGUGUUCGAAUAAUUACGCUGCCUUUCCCGAUCAAAUAAAUAAUAAUAAACGAAAUAAAUUGAUGAAAACCCCGCUCUACCCUCGCCCCCAAAAAAAUAACGUUAAAGAGACAAAAGAAGAAGAGCAACAAAGAAGUAGGGACAAGUCUUCAGAAGGUUCAUCCGAUUCUAUGUUGUUGAGUCCUCGGGUCUAGUUCACAUCUACAUACAAUUUUUUAUAAAACAAACAUAAAAAGAUGCCAAUAUAAAUAUCAAAGUUUUUAUUUGGAAAUAGUAAGUAAUUUUAAUCGGAUCAUAAUUUAUCUGGCCAUCACCAUUCGAGAAUUAAUUAAACUAAAUUUAAUUAUAAUUAAAAUUUGAAACUCGUAGCUUUUGUAAUUCAAUACUUUCUUUUUAUUUUCAUUUUGCUAAUUAUUGAAAUUCCUUAACAGGGCAACAGCAUGCAGAUAUGGACCAGGCUUCGAGUGACCAAUUGUCUCAUCAUUUUACAGAAAAAAAAAGUCAAGCACGUUUAACAAAAAAUUGCACACCAAAUUUAAUAAAUUGAUCGCGAUCGAACGAUAUCGUUGUUUACACAAAAGAGAUCGUAUCGUCGAUAAUUAUAUGACAGCCAGCCUAAAUUCAUCGUCAUCAUUAUUAUCAUCAAUGUCAUCAUCGUUAUCGUUGUUACCAUUAUUAUUGUUCUUACGAAUCACGAUUAAUUGCAUUGAAACUAUACGACUCGACCCGCCGUCUGAUUUCUAAAAAGAAACUAAAGGAAUGAUGAUGCUCGAUGUUUCAACGUUAUCGUUUUAUCCCAUUUUAAAUGUUUACUGUAUAAUAAAAUUGUAAUAUAGUCGUUGGGCAAAUAAAGCUCGUUUUUCGAUAUAUACACACACAUAUAUCGGACCUAUUAUCAAA